GAUAUGUUUGCAGUCUGGUUGCCAGGUUAGCGUUUGGUUGUAUCUGCACUAUGUCCACCUUCGAGAAGCCUCAGAUUAUUGUUCAUAUUCAAAAGGGCCUCAACUACACAGUGUUCGACUGCAAAUGGGUGCCCUGCAGUGCCAAAUUCGUGACGAUGGGCAACUUCGCCCGGGGCACCGGCGUUAUCCAGGUGUACGAGAUUCAACGCGGGGACCUCAAGCUGCUGCGGGAGAUUGAAAAGGCUAAGCCUAUUAAAUGUGGAACAUUUGGUGCCGCAUCUUUGCAGCAGAGAUUCUUGGCUACCGGAGAUUUUGAUGGAAAUCUUCAUAUAUGGAAUUUGGAAGCUCCUGAGACGCCAGUGUAUUCUGUAAAGGGCCACAAAGAAAUCAUAAAUACCAUAGAUGGUAUAGGUGGACUUGGAAUUGGGGAAGGAGCCCCUGAAAUUGUGACGGGCAGCCGAGAUGGAACUGUAAAGGUGUGGGACCCAAGGCAAAAAGGGGAUCCUGUAGCGAAUAUGGAACCUGCACAAGGAGAAAACAAGAGAGACUGUUGGACAGUGGCAUUUGGCAAUGCUUAUAAUCAAGAAGAACGUGUUGUCUGUGCUGGCUAUGACAAUGGGGACAUCAAGCUGUUUGAUCUCAGAAACAUGUCACUGCGGUGGGAGACAAACAUUAAAAAUGGGGUAUGCAGCUUGGAGUUUGACAGAAAGGACAUAAGUAUGAAUAAGUUAGUAGCUACAUCUCUGGAAGGGAAGUUCCAUGUCUUCGACAUGAGAACACAGCAUCCUACCAAAGGCUUUGCUUCUGUUACAGAAAAGGCCCAUAAAUCCACCGUAUGGCAAGUCCGGCACCUGCCUCAAAACAGGGAGCUCUUUCUGACAACGGGAGGCACUGGGAGUCUUCACCUCUGGAAGUAUGAAUACCCUACUCGUCGGUCAAAGAAAGAUUCAGAGGGCUUAGAGAUGGGAGUCGCAGGCUCCAUCAGCCUUCUGCAGAACGUGACUGUGUCUACUCAACCCAUCUCGAGUUUGGACUGGAGUCCUGACAAAAGGGGGCUCUGCAUCUGUAGUUCCUUUGAUCAGAUGGUGCGAGUGCUGAUAGUUACAAAGCUCCAGACCAUUUAACCCAAGGCUUUGAACUUGAAAUUGUCCAGAGGGUUACUCACAGAAUUUGAGUUGUGUUCUGCAUCCUCUGGCCACAUUGAAGAUGGUUGGAUUUGAGUGAUGAAUGACAGCCACAGGCACAAAGCCAGCCAGCCUCUAGCUUCUUUGGGUUUUUGGUGGCCUGACCAGCAUGCUGCUAGCAUGUGAAGGUACCACACACCAGGACCAGCUUUGUUCCUUGUUCCCAUGUUUCUACUCAAAAAAAUUAGAGCCAGGAGCUGUGGUAUUUACUUGUGAUGCCAGCUACUUAACAGGUUGAUACAGGUGGAUCAGUAUAGCCCAUAAGAUCAAGACCAGCCUGGGCAGCAUAUAGAGACCCUGCCUUUAAAUACAGUUGGUCACUGGCACUGAAGAGAUGGCUCACUGAGGAGAGUGCUGGAUGUUCUUGCUGAGGACCCAAAUUUGGUCCCCAGUAUCCAUAUCAGGUGGCUUACAACCCCUAUAACUUCAGUUGCAGGGCAUCUUAUGCCAUUUUCUGGCUGUAUUGGGCAG